AGGUGCAGGUUAAUGCACCCAGUGCAAGCGCUGGCUCUACACGAACUCGAAGAGAGAUGGAAGAAGGCAUCCUUACGUUCGAGGUCAUACAGAACAAGCCUGAUAUCAACCGGCAGCACCUCAUCUGGCUCACAGAGGCGAAGAACUUAUUCGCGCGACAGCUACCACGCAUGCCUCGGCAGUACAUUACUCGUUUGGUUUUCGACAGGAAACAUACCGGAUUGUUUCUGCUGAAGAAGGGCAAGGUGAUGGGGGGCAUCGUAUUCCGGAUGUUUCCGAAGCAAAAUUUUAUUGAAAUCGUGUUCUGUGCCGUCUCUUCGGACGAGCAGGUCAAGGGCUAUGGCACGCUCAUCAUGAACCAGCUGAAACACUGGGUCAUCGGGAAGCACAUUUUCUACUUCCUCACGUACGCGGACAACUUUGCCAUUGGAUACUUUGAGAAACAGGGCUUCACCUCAGCGAUCACCAUCAGGUCAGGCAACUACGUGGGGUACAUUAAGGACUACGACGGCGGACUUCUGAUGGAGUACAUGAUCGUGCCCUGGGUGCAUCAUGUGGACUUGCCCAACGUUCUCCGCCUACAACGCGAUCAAGUGCUGCGCAAGGUACAGACACUCUCCCGCUCACACGUGGUGUAUCCUGGCAUCACACACUUUCCCGAGGCUGAUGCUGAGCCGACAGAGAAUCAGAUUCGUGCUAUCCCGGGUGUGGUUGAAGGCGGAUAUGGGUACAGCGGCAGCGCAAGUGACACAGCAAUAAAACUGCGGAAAAUCUACGACGAGAUAAAGCACCAUUCCAGCGCCUGGCCCUUCUUCGAGCCCGUUGACCCGGUUCUGGUACCAGACUAUUACCAAAUUAUCUCCAACCCCAUCGAUCUCAGCGAAAUCGCACUCAGACUGCAAGCUGGGUACUACAAGAAUAAGGACACGUUUGCCCACGAUGUGCACCUAAUGCUGGACAACUGCCGCAUGUACAAUGCCCAGGAUACUCUGUACUUCAAGUGCGCCGAUACACUCACAUCCUUUGUCACGGACAGAUUGGAGAAGUUUGACGGAUAG